CUCCUUUUCCUGAACUCAGUCUCAUCUGGUCUCCAAGGACAUACAACAUCCAAUCUCGAGUCUCACUGAUCUCUCAUUCUUGUAGGAGCUUAGACUAUGGAUAAGGCCGGAGAAGCUGAUUUGGAUGAUCUGGAAACGGUGGAAUAUCUGGAGGAUAUGGAGGAUAUGGAGGAUAUAGAGGCUAUGAAAGCCAUCGAAGCUUACGAAUCUGCUCCACCCUACCCAGGCCUUCCAGCAGAUUACAUGGGAAAGGAAAACCCAGGAUACAAUUCACCUCCAUAUCCGAACAUUAAUAUGGCAUACACCUCAUACCCAGAGCCGGGAGUUAAUCCAAACUUUCAGGGAGCUCCCAAUCAAGGGAUGUAUCCUCAAAUGAACAGUCCAAACCCUGGGAUGUAUCCUCAAGCUAACCGUCCAAACCCAGGGAUGUAUCCUCAAACUACCACCGUAUCAACCACAGUGAUGCUCCCCAGUCUGCGUGAUUUACCCGCUCAGACCAUGUGCCCUCACUGUAAGCACCAGGUGAUCACCAUAACAGAUCACUACUCUGGACUCAUGGCCUGGGUGGCCUGUGGCUGUCUUGCCCUCAUCGGGUGCUGGCCGUGCUGUCUAGCACCUUUCUGGAUGGAUUCAUGUAAAGAUGUUGAGCACCGCUGCCCAAACUGCAACAAGAUCUUGUCUUUCUACAAGCGCCUGUGAUCUGGAUUCAAACAUGUCCCUCUUGAGCUCAGAUUUGAAUGGGAUCUAAUGGGUGUAAGACAAAAGGAAAGUGUCUAUGCAACAUUACAUUCUAACACAGCAGGUGAUUUCAAGUAAUUUCCCACAAAUAAUUAUCACUUAACCACAUGC